UUGAAAAUGUCGGGGAAGUCCAGCGGGCAGGAAUUCUCUUCUUCCGAAUCAUGCUGCUCGAGCUACAGGAAAGCAUCCAGCUACUCAAUCCCAUGGAAUUUGUGUCACUGUUGCUCUAUGGCAUUACUCCUCUAGCAAAGCCAAAUUCUCCUCAAGACAGCAAGUCCAUGGAGUUGGAAGCCAACAUGGAACUAGUGUCUGAUGUCCUGAAGGCGGUUAUCUUGUUCUUUCAUCCAGAGUUGGAAUUUUCAAGUGACCUUGGAAGUUGGGAUAAGUGUAAAUUUUAUGUUAACAGAUAUUUAGUCGGCAAUAUUUGUGCCUUUGAUCCAACUGCCAAGCAUGUGGAAGUUAAUGUACAGCUUAUCGAUGAAUGUAUCAGAGGUAAAUUUCCACUUAAUUACAGCCUAAAUCUAUACCAACAGCAAUAAAACACAGUUGUGAUU